AUGGACACCACAAGGAACCUCCUCUCCAUCGCUGCGGCGUUCUCCCAUCUGGUCGUCAUACUGCUGACACUGGGCCAAGGUGUUCAGGCAAUGCCGGUUCCUACCGAUGUCCCCAUGUGCACGGCCUCUGAACCGGCCCAGUACAGACUAACGUUCACCGGCAAAUGGUCCCGGGCAGCUUUCCCGAAGCAGUAUCCUGUCUACCGACCCCCUGCACAGUGGUCAAACCUUAUUGGCUUGACCCACAGCACCGACUACCACAUGUGGCAGCGUAAUGACUUUGCCAGCAAUGGAGUGAGGGAGUUUGCGGAGAAAGGCGAGGCCUGGACGCUCAUGAAGGAAGUUGAGGCGGCCGGCGAGCGCAUCCAAAGUGUUUAUGGGAUCCUGUCGGCUCCUGCUGUUGUGGGAGGAACGGGCCAGAUCAGCACUGAGUUCGAGGUCUUCGCCAGGCACUCCUAUCUGUCGUUUGUCGUGCGCAUCGUUCCGAGCCCUGACUGGUUCGUGGGUGUGGACAGUGUUGACCUGUGUGACGGCGACCAGUGGAAAGACAAUGUGUCGCUGCAGCUUUUCCCAUACGAUGCAGGUACGGACAGCGGAUUCACCUUCUCGUCUCCAAACUAUGAAACCAUCCCACAGGACAAAAUCAUACAGAUCACCUCCUCCUUCCCUAGUCACCCUGCCAACUCCUUUUACUACCCCCGUGUGAAGCACCUCCCACCCAUCGCCAAGGUAACGCUGACAAAGAUAAAGAAGAACAAUCAGAUUAUCAGCCUGCCCGAGCUGCCCACCGAGACCAACCAGCUGCCGACAGGGAACGAGAUUGAAGAGGCCCUCAUAAAUACCCCUCUGGACUGUGAGGUGUCCGUCUGGUCUCCCUGGGGCUUGUGCAAAGGCAAAUGUGGAGAGGCAGGCGUGCAGCACAGCACCAGAUACAUCCGCAUGCACCCUGCCAACAACGGAGCCCCCUGCCCCCUUCUGGAGGCGGAGAGGAAGUGCAUCCAGGACAACUGCUUAUGACUAGGCCAUGGAAGGCGGGACAAGAAAGAGAGGAAGGAGAGGAGAGAAAAGAAAGAUAAGACAUCCAGGAAAGGGAGGAAGGGACGAAGACGGAGAAACAACAACAAAAGGUCUUCACGUAGGGCAUAAACAUGAAGAGACAGAUUCCCUUCUUUCCUCCCUGGCUAUGGCCUCUUUCUGUGGAAAAGGCUAUUGUACAGAGUGACUGUCCAACUGUUCAAUUGGAAGAGUAGACUGCAAAUAAAUCUCAUCCUCAUGUCACAUUGACAGAUCUGUCAGCUCUACAGAGGUGUAGUUUGGCUACUAUUAUAUAGCCAUUAGAUACCGAUUCAGUUUUGGCAGUUUAUCAAAAUUGUCUGGGGAUUGAACAACUUUUUUUAACCCUAACCCUUUUUUUUUU